GUCUGGCACCGUCCUCCAAAUCAAAUUACGGAAAUAAGAAAUCUGCUGUCGUUCUUUGCAACAGUUGCUUUGUGAGGCAUUUGUCAGCCCACACUUUUAACUGUGAAGUUAAGUCUACAAAGUUAAUCCACCAUGUAUAUCUUUCGAAUUACACUACAAGACAACAGUUUCUGAAGCUGUUUCUGGGGAAGAUAAGCGCUGUUCACAAAGGUGACCCAACCUAGAAGAUGUUAACUUACCAAAACCCACGUCUUUUACUUGGACAAAAGAAAAAAAAGUCUUCAUACCAGAAAGAGGGGCAUGGAAGGACAUUCUUACUUAAGCUCCUUCAAACUUCAGGGAGAGAAAGGAAAACACAAUCGCACCCAAAGCGCGCAGCUUCGACAGAACGGAUAAGGCAGCUGCUACGAAGCUGACAAGAGGAACUUGAACGGGGCAACUGGAUCUUUGAAGUGUAAACUGCAGUCACUCGAAGUAACGUUUUUUUUUCCAAAGGAAAAGGCAAGAUUGUGUUCCUGAAGCAGAGCACGAUGGUGCACUGUGCAGGUUGUGAGAGGCCUAUUUUAGACAGGUUCCUCCUAAACGUGCUGGACAGAGCGUGGCACAUCAAGUGCGUCCAAUGUUGUGAAUGCAAGUGCAACUUGACUGAAAAAUGCUUUUCAAGAGAAGGGAAGCUUUACUGUAAAAACGAUUUCUUCAGGCGGUUCGGUACGAAAUGUGCGGGAUGUUGUCAAGGUAUCUCACCCAGUGACCUCGUAAGGAAAGCAAGAAAUAAAGUGUUUCACUUAAACUGCUUCACUUGUAUGGUCUGUAAUAAACAACUGUCGACUGGAGAGGAACUGUAUAUAAUCGAUGAAAACAAAUUCGUGUGCAAGGAAGACUAUUUGAGCACCAGCAGUUUAAAAGAUACCAACUUAAAUUCAGUCUCUUCGUGCACCGAUCGGAGUUUAUCGCCUGACCUCCAAGAUCAGAAUUUAGACGAUACAAAGGAAACGGACAACUCCACCUCGUCAGACAAGGAGACCCAGAACAACGAGAACGAAGAGCAGAGUAUGGGCACCAAGCGGAGAGGACCCCGGACCACCAUUAAAGCCAAACAGUUAGAAACGUUAAAGGCCGCUUUCGCUGCUACUCCGAAGCCCACCCGACACAUACGGGAGCAGCUGGCCCAGGAAACAGGCCUCAACAUGCGGGUUAUUCAGGUUUGGUUUCAGAACAGGAGAUCGAAGGAGAGAAGGAUGAAGCAGUUGAGUGCUCUGGGAGCACGGCGGCACGCUUUCUUCCGAAGUCCCAGGCGCAUGCGUCCUCUGGGAGGGCGCCUGGACGAAUCGGAAAUGAUGGGCACUGCUCCCUACAAUUACUACGGAGAUUAUCAAGGAGAUUACUACGGACCGACUACAAAUUAUGACUUUUUCCCGCACGGCCCACCGUCCUCUCAAGCACACUCGCCGGCAGAUUCAGGCUACAUGCAGUCCUCAGGGCCUGGGGCGACUUCACUGGGAGUGCUGGAGCCUCCGCUAUCCGCCCACCACCCUCCUGCUCUCGGUGGCAGCGAAAACCAAAGGUACACGGACAUGAUUUCCCACCCUGACACCCCAAGCCCUGAGCCCGGGAUGACCGGGCCGUUGCACCCGAUCCCGGGCGAAGUGUUCAGCGGAGGACCCAGCCCGCCCUUCUCCAUGUCCAGCAACAGCGGCUACAGCGGGCCGCUCUCACAUCCGAGUCAGGAGCUGAAUGAGACUGCGGUCUGGUGAGGGACUUGAGGUGGCUCAAUCAAACAGCAGUGAGCACUGCGGCUCUGGCUAGCGGCUUCCUGCACUUGCGGCUCCCUCCAAACGCUUUCUCACAACCACAGGGCCAGUAAAAGCUCCCCUCUCUUCCCCCUUCCCUCCCUCUCCCGGCUCCCCUUUCCUCCCUCUCCCGGCUCCCCUUUCCUCUGC